AUGGCCAGGAUGGCCCGAGCCGGGGAACAGAUCAGUGGUAGUCUUCCACCUCGGAAUCCAAUCCAACCAGCACCACACAUGCCAAAGAUUUCAACCCAAUUAGGUAUAACCCGUCGAAUGGCCGAGCUUGGGCCAAUGGCUAUUGAGAAUCGACGAGACAGUGAGCGCAGCUCCAACAACACCACAUCGAUCAAGUAUUUCUUCAAAGAUGUGGGAGGCAUUCGAAAAUUCCCGCUCGAGCCGCUACAGAAGCAGACCUAG